AUGGGCGCUGCGCUGGCACCUGGUGACAACUAUGCUGCCGUGGUCCAGGCCUUGCGUCAUGGCGCCUCGGAUGAGCAUGCCAACGAUUUGCUGGCGGCCAUGAAGGCUAUGGUGGCUGAUGAGAUCCGCGACGAGGUGAUAGCUCAGGUGAGGGCCGAGGUGGAGGCAAGCUGCAAGACAAAGAUGACGCAGAUGAGCAGGAAGAUGAAGAAGUUGAAGACGCGGUACAAGAGCCUCAAAGACGAGGUCGCCCAGAUGCGUCCGGUCUACUCGGCUUCGCUCACCUUUGCCGACCAGAUCCGCCGCGCUGUCAACCUCGACUGGAGCUCGGUCGGUGGAAGUGGAGACGGCUACGAGGCGAGCGGUGGGAGUGGUGACCGGGGCGGCGCAGGAGCUGCUACCAAGCCGCGGGCCUCGUCGGGCUCUGCUGCUCCUCAGCAGCAAGCCGAGGCGCACGGGACUCCGAUGGCAAUGACAGCGCCGGCGGUGACGGCUGACGACGCGGUCCAGGUCAUGAGUAGCGAAUCUCGUGCCGCCAAGCCGGUCGUCCUCCCUUCGGGCUUUGGCAACACAGCGGCACUGCUGACGCAGACAUGGGCUGGCGACGGCUUUACCCACGAGGACAAGACUCGCCGCAUCUUUGUCUCGGGCGUCAUUGCCGCCUCGCUCCGCUGGGCUGUUGCCCGUAUUGCGCACCGCAACAACGGUGACCUCUACGACUACAUCUGCGCGGCCGAGGGCGGCUGGAAGCUCCGCAACCGCAAGCCGAGCAUGAAGGACGCCCGUGACCUGCUCGACGCCGCUGGCAUCCGCGACGACGUCAUUGCCGAGCUUGGCCUCUAUGGCGGCUUUCCGGAGCAGACCGAGGUCCUCGCCGCCAUCGGUGCCAGCGUGGUGUACGGUACUAACCCGGUCCGCACGGUCAGCCCCGUUGGCCCGUGGGCAGAGUGCGGCGCCUACACCCGUCUCGUCGGCCUUGUCCGCGCUGUGAUCAACAAGGCUCUGGGCCGGACGACCAUCAACUGGUACACCGUUCUCUACAACAACGGCCUCCCCGUAGAUAUGGUCAUUGCCACCUCGUGCAACCCCGACUGGGGCGUCGCGCUCACGCCCUCAGUGACCUCCGGGGAGAAGGACAAGGCAAGACAUGGCGAGGCUCGGGUGGUGGAAGCACAGCAAGCGGCUGCUGCUGCUGCUGCUGCUGCUGCUGCUGCUGCUGCUGCUGAUGGUGGUGGUGGUGGGGACGGACAAAAGGCGCCUGGUCCACGCGGGAUUGGCGCUGAUGGCAUGGUGGUGCCCGAGUCGGAACGAGUGGCCGAGGUGGCAUUCUGGGCUGCGUAUGGACCGGCCAAUGGCAAUCCCUUUGUCCAUCUGCGCACGGAUGAGCCGUGUGUUCCUCGCAAGAACGAUCUCUGGCUCAAGAUGACCACCUUUUCUUCUUCAAGACGUCGCAAGCGCCGUAAGAGGCAUCACGGCGUCGCUUCAAAGCGAGGUGAGUUUGUCAAGGAUGUCACGAAGAAGAAGAACAAGAAGAGCAAGUCAGCCCAUGGCGCUGGCAAGCCGGCUGUCCGAUCAGGCUCGGGCUGGCUCGCUGGCCCGCCCAUCUUUCGCAGGCAGGCUCUGUCGUCGCCUAUUCGCCACGAGGAGGCCGUCGAGUCAGCAGAGCUAGUUGCUGCGGCAGAUGCGAGCGAUGGCGGUGGUGACGGUGGUGGCCGCAACGACAAUGACGCCAACAACAGCAGUGCCAGCACCGACGCCUGGCUCCCGCAUCCGGUCCCUAGCACGCGAAGACGAACAGGAACUGCGCGAUCGGCGCGCGAGGCGGCGAGUCUGAUCCUGGAGCGGCAGGGCGUGGCGUCGAGCGAUGGAACCGGCGUGGCGUCGAGCGAUGGAACCGGCGUGGCGUCGGGCGAUGGAGCCGACGAGGCGUCAGUCCAUGAGGGAAAGGGUAAAAUGUGACAAGAGAGG